GUUAACUGUGCAGCAUGGCUAGAUCUAUGUUUCUGUGUUGAUAUUCAGAGAUUUGUACUGUUUUGAAAUGGCGCCUGUAAAUCCACAUUUUAAGGGCAAACCUCAGUUCAAAGGAAGAAAUCCGAAGAGGAAAAAUACAGAUAGUCAUCAUUCAGCUGUUAACAAAAAGAAGAAAACCUGGAAUCCGGGGAACAAAGUUUUCCAGGGCAGUUUACAGGAAGGUAAGGGCUUUGCCUUCCAGAGGAAGCAAAAAGUACAACAAGAAUACAAGAAACUUCUGAGGAAGGAGAAAUGGAGAAUGAAGGAUUCCAAGCCGAAUCUAGAAGACGAAUACCCCGAGCAUCUGAAGCACCUGUACAUGGCGGAACAGCAGAAACUGAACGAAGAAGAGCUACUGAACAAGGAUCGCAGGAGGAAAGGAAGAAUUGGUAAUAUAGGAGAAGAAGAAGAUGAUGAUUCUGCUUUUUCUAGCUCUGUCGCAAGGACAUCUGAGACAGGAAGUGCUGAGAAAUCUGCUGUCUCACUUAACAAAGGACCACAGACCUCACAGUUUGAGAGCAAUUCUGUUCAGGACCAAUUCACGAAAAAGAAAUGGAAGAAAAUGUCUUCCAACCAGAAGAUGAUUGAGGAGUAUAAAAAGAAAAAAGAGGAGCGAGAACGAAAAAGAGAGGAAUACUUGAAAGACAAAGCACAGAGAGAAGAGGCUCUGAAGAAGUACAAGGAAAAGAAAAUGGCUACAUAUCAGUUGCUGAAGAAGAAAACUAAAAAGGGUCAACCGAACCUGAAUCUGCAGAUGGAGCUGCUGCUUCAGAAAAUCCAGGCUCAGCGAAAAUAACCAAAAUGCCUGCAACAUGCUGUUUGAAGGCCUAAAGUGUCAUUUAUAAAUCUUGCAGAUAGUGAAAGAGAACUGGAAAUGUAUGCACAUUACACAGAGACUAAAACAGAGUAAUAUGUACUUUUACAUCACUGUGUGUGUGAUGGUUAUGAGUAAUGUGCAUAUGCGAAGAUAUUGCUGUCCUGUGUGCUUAUAAACCGGUUAUAAUGCAGCAGGGUUAAAAUGUGUAUUUGUAUGAUUCUUAGUGUAUUAUAAUUUUAUGAUCUCAGAUUUAAUGAGACCAAACUCUAAUGUAAACGGAGACCAUUUGUGGCCUGUUUAUCUUAUUGGAAAUAAAGCUAGAUCUCGUA